AGACUUCAAGUUUACAAAGUUUGAACAAGUGGGUUUUACCUGCGGAAAUUUUUUUUAAAAUGUGUGUUUAUUUUGUGUGUGUGUGUUUUUUUUUCAUCAGGUCUGUGUGAACCAAUUGCGGUGGAACUCUGCAUGAAUUUGCCCUACAACUACACGAGCUAUCCGAAUUACCUUGGGCACAGGACUCAAAAGGAAGCCUCCAUCAGCUGGGAGUCUUCCCUCUUCCCUGCACUCGUGCAAACCAACUGCUACAAAUACCUCAUGUUCUUCGCUUGCACCGUUUUGGUGCCCAAGUGUGAUGUGAGCACAGGCCAACGUGUCCCCCCCUGCAGGGCGCUGUGUGAGCACUCGAAAGAGCGCUGCGAGUCUGUCCUUGGGAUCGUGGGCCUCCAGUGGCCCGAGGACACCGACUGCAAUCAGUUUCCGGAGGAAAAUUCGGACAAUCAAACCUGCCUGAUGCCCGAUGAAUAUGUGGAAGGUCAAUUUCUAAAUUGGUUAAUUACAGGGGUGUCUGCCGGGGAGGAAGAUGUCAGUGACCUUCUGAAGUCUCUCUCCGUUUAUUUGCGUUUGCUUGUGUGUUUGUUACCUGUUUGGCCGCCAAUCAGGCUACACAGGUGAGUCUGUAGACCUGAUGACA